AGAAGACUCAGGCACACCGCGAGUUCGUGGAGGCCGAGAUGGGAAACCACAGGUGUUCGGCGCGCGCCCCCGCCGCUGCCCCGGGACGCGCGGAAGAGGAGAGUACGGACUCACUCAGCCCGGAGCAGAGAGGUGGCCCGGAGCGAAGAGGGGGUCCGGAGCGAAGAGGAGGUGCUGAGCGAAGAGGAGAUGCUGAGCGAACAGGUGGCCCGUAAUGAACAGUUUGUCGGGAGCAAAGAGGUGGCCCGUAACGAACAGGUAGUCGGGAGCAAAGAGGUGGUCCGGAGCGAAGCGGUGACCGAGAGCGAAGAGGCGGCCCCGACUGAAGAAGUGGCCCAGAAUGAAGAAAUGGCGGCAGCCGGACUCAGCGUGACCGUCACCCACAGCAAUGAGAAGCACGACGUUCAUGUUACCCCGCAACAGGGCAGUAUUGAACCAAUUGUCCAAGAUCUAGCCCAGGUUGUUGAAGAGGCCACAGGAGUCCCGCUACCUUUUCAGAAACUCAUAUUUAAGGGACAGUCUCUGAAGGAAAUGGAGAAGCCAUUGUCUGCAGUUGGAAUACAAAAUGGUUGCCGGGUCAUGUUAAUUGGGAAAAAGAACAGUCCAGAGGAAGAAGUUGAACUAAAAAAGUUGAAAAGUUUGGAGAAGUCUGUGGAGAAGAUAGCUGACCAACUGGAAGAGUUAAACAAAGAGCUUAUUGGAAUCCAGCAGGGUUUUCUGGCCAAGGAUUUGCAAGCUGAAGCUCUCUGCAAACUCGAUAGGAAAGUAAAAGCCACAAUUGAGCAGUUUAUGAAGAUCUUGGAGGAGAUUGAUGCACUAGUUCUGCCAGAAAAUUUCAAAGACAGUAGACUGAAAAGGAAGGGUUUGGUGAAAAGGGUUCAGGCACUCCUAGCUGAGUGCGACACAGUGGAGCAGAACAUCUGCCAGGAGGCAGAGCAGCUGCAAUCCACAAACUUGGCCCUGGCCAAAUGAGGAGAGGCGGAGAGAGGCUGUGCUGCCCUGAAGAACAGUGCCACCAGCUCUGCCCUCUGCAACAGGAGUUACCUGACUUCUCCAAGGCUGCUGGGUCACUUGACCAAUUGCCAGUUUUCUUUCCACCUUGGCAUAUUUCCCUGCUUAAAAUCCUCCAUUGGCUACACCUGCUCUCAAUGAACAAGUACUGUGUUUAUAAUCUUAGAGCUCUUGUUUGUUUUCUUAUUCUGCCUCUGUGUGGCUGUGCUGUCCAGCAGCCCGCCUUAUCUUGGGAGGGCCCAAAUCUUCCCAUGUCUUUUGACCUUUGGGUGCUUUCGUUUGUCCACAGGUAGUUCAGAUUUAUAGGCCACCCUGGUCUUCAGAUACAUGCGGCCUUUUUGCCCUUGUGGUCCCAUAGUCCCAUACAUGUAAAUCAGAAUCAUUUGGAGGUUGUAUCUAGUCAGGAAUGUUGGAAAUAGCUUGGAGCAGGUUUUUGGUACACAGUAGUCCAAAUAUCCCUCAUUGUGACCUAAUUCUGGAAUAGCUGGUUGGGUUGUUGGUUCACAGACUCUGUAUUUACUUUCCAGUGAACCUGCACAGCCACGGGCCAGGAGAUCUCAGGGGGCCAUUCCUGGGGUGGGACCUGGGGUUGAUGUAUGGGCUUCCUUGUCCCCUAGCAAAUCUGUAGGAGGUUAGAACCCAGUGUUGACGGAGUCUCUGGUUCAAACUGGGUUAAAAUCAUGUCUCGGGAAGGGCAUAGAGGGAAAUGGAGUGAGUAAAGCAGGCAGAUGGUGAAGACAGCCGUAAACUUCUCAGAAGUUCCUUCAACGGCAUUUCUGUCCACUGUACUGUCCUGAGAUCUAUAUUUCCUUCAAAGCUGUUCCUGUCCAUUUUGUGGCCUUCCCUACCCCCCCACCUAUUGUUUCUUUAAACUAUAUACACAUCAGCAAUCAGAAGAGUGCUUAAACUAUUUUUUUAGGGGAGAGAGAAAGAGAAACAUUGUGUGAGAGAAACAUUGAUCAGUUGCCUCUCGUAAGCAUCCUGUCUGGAAGAUCAAGAGUGGCUCUGCAGGCUAGAACUCUUAAACUGAUCAGCUGCUAUCACCCCAUUUUUUCACACAGUGCUCAGGAGACAGGCUCCCAAUAGGCCACUCUGAGGCCAACCUUAUUUGGCACACAGGGCAUCACUGAAGUCCCAGGAACUUAGGACUGUCUGGGUGGGACUAGGACAGAGCGGUGUGGAGACGACAAGUGCAUGAAGCUCGGGGCCCAGCCCAGCCCACCACCAACUGUAAUCAGAGCAAUUCAGUACUUAACUGUUUUAUGGAGUAGCUGUGUCACCUUAGGCCACAACAUUCAAUGAAAAGUUACUGUGUGCCAGGUAGUAUUUUAAUACUCUUAAUAUACUAGUCAUGUAAUCCUCAUACAACCUAGGAGAUAGAUACUAAUCCAUGUUAGAGAUGAGGAAACUGAGAGAGCUUAGGUAAUUUGCUAAAGUCAUAGAGUAAGUAACUAAGCCAGGACACCAAGCUGGGCAGUUUGAUUCAGAGGCUAUGCUCUUAUCUCUACUUGUGCUGCCUCCCAAUUAACACAGGGUUGUGUGUUCGCUCUUAUUUUCUCUUCCUCUCCUUCCUUCCAUGUUGGUUUUUCCACUUGCUCUCUGGUCCUCUCUGAUUCAUUCUCCACAGAGCAUCGUGAGUGAUGUAAAAUACAAAUUUUUCCAUGUCAGUCCUGCUUAAAAACAUCCAGUGGCUUCCCUUUCCAUCUCAUGUUGGGCCACUCUCCUGUUUGCUCCCUGUGGUCAGCCAGUCUGGUCUUCGUUCAGGUCCUCAGAUGCUCUGUACCCUCUCCUGCCCCGGGGUCUUAGCACUCACCAUUCCUCUGUUUGGACAGCUCCUUGCCACCCUUCCACCAUUGCCACCCCUUUCCUAGGUAACUUCUAUUUGUCCUUCAGAACUUAAUGCCUCUUUCAUGGACUGUCUGAGAACAUAUCAAGAACAUCUCACAGCUUGUCAUAACUUUUCUUUCACAGCAAGUAUUAUAGUCUCUGAUGGUUUAUUUAUGGGAUUAUCUAAUUUAAUAUUUGCCUUUUAUACUUGACUAUAAGUUCCCUGGGUUAAGGAGCUUAUUUGUCUUGUUGAUAGCAUAUUUCAAACACAUUGUCUGGUUUAUAGUAGAUGAUCAAUAAAUAUUUGUAGAACAAAUGUCAAAC